AUGACCCCCAAGCGUAGUGGUGAAGUCCUGCCUAGUGCUCCUAAGCGCAAGAAGGCCGUGAUGUGCCUUAUGGAGAAAAUACGUGUGUUAGAUAAACUUCGUUCAGGCAUGAGUUGUAGUGCUGUUGGCCGUGAGUUCAAUGUUAAUGAAUCAACAAUCCGGUACAUCAAGAAAAAGGAAGAGGAAAUUCGUCGAUCUGUACGUGAGGCUGCUCCGGAAAGUGCUAAAGUAACGUCUAUAGUGCGCGAGGAAGCAAUGGAAAAGAUGGAAAAGCGGCUAAAUUUAUGGAUUCAUGAGAUGACAACCGAUAAAAAAGGUGUGGUGGACAGCAUUGUCGUGAGGCUGAAAGCCAAAGAAAUUUAUGGUCAUGUUACCCAGGGCCAGAAAAAUGUUAAACCUUUCUCCGCCAGCGCUGGCUGGCUUGCACGUUUCAAAAAGCGGUAUGGUGUGAACAAUGUUAAACUCGCAGGUGAGGCAAGUUGUGCACAUCAGGAGGCUGCAGAAGAGUUUAAAAAAUACUUGCUGAGUGUUAUACGGGAGAAAGGAUAUGUGGAAGAGCAGGUUUUCAAUGCUGAUGAGACUGGCUUAUUUUACAAGGACGUUGGCAAAAGAACCUAUAUAACGCAAAUGGCCUGCAAAGCCCCUGGCUUUAAAUCUUUCCAAGACUAUGCAAACUUGCUCUUGUGUACCAAUGCCAAGGGCGACUUCAAGUGCAAACCCCUAAUAGUAUACAGAGCCCAGAAUCCACCAGCACUGACAGGCAAAAGCGUGAACCAUAUGCCAGUGCAUUGGAGGUGGAGCAAAAAAGCGUGGAUGACAUCUGAUUGGUUCCAUAACUGCUUCAUACCGGAAGUUGAAUGCUAUCUCCAGGGCAGAAACCUUGCCUUCAAGGUUUUAUUAAUUUUGGAUAAUGCCCCAGUCCAUUGCUGUGAAGAACUCAGAAAUGCCCACCCCAGCGUAGAAGUUCUUUUCAUGCCCCCAAACACUACAUCUCUCAUCCAACCCCUGGAUCAGGGGAUAAUAAAAGCUUUCAAGGCACACUAUACCCGGGAGCUUUAUAGCAAGGCUUUUGAGGCUCUCAAGUCCAACACGGAGACUACCAUGUUGGACUAUUGGAAGUCAGUCACUCUGAGCAACGUUAUUGAUUAUGUUGGGACAGCCUGGGACAGCAUCAAACAAGCUACUAUCAAUAGCUGUUGGAAAAAUGUUUGGCCAGACUGUGUGCAAGAUUUUGAAGGCUUUGAAGGUGUUACAGAAAGUAUAAACGACUGUCAAAAAUAUAAUGCACAUUGCACGGCAAAUAAGUGGGGAAGGCUUUGA